GUAUGUGGAUGGGGGCCGGUUGACAUCUGAGGAUGAGAAAAUUGUGGUCAGGCUUCUAGCUCAUCAUCCACAUUUUGAAGAUAAAAUUGGAUGUGGAAUUGAAUCCAUUAUGACUUCUUACCAUGUGCUAGAUCCAGAUCUUGCGCAUGUUUUAAGGUUCAUGAUGAACCAACCAUCCAAGAGGAGAAAUAAUAAAAUCUAGGCGCAUGAGCACAGAUUGAAGAGGUUGAUGAUUGCAGCUGUAAUGACAGGAACUGUGAUGGGUAAAAAAGAUACAUCUGUAAGCAUAUGGCGGAUGAUGGUAGCGGUGGGAAAAUGAAGGCAUAAAGCGGCCUCAUGGGGUUAGCCAAUGAAGAAGGUUCAAAGGAAAAGGGGGAUUUGAAGAGUAUGAUUUAGUGUAAAUGGUGACAUGUUAUGUUAGUGGUUGGAUUUGGAAUUGAGGAAAGCAAAGUUGGGUCCCUGUCACAGUCAAGCUUAUUAUUGGAAGGGAUCAAGUCAAAAGACGAGCGGCCUAAUGAAUCACUGAGCCCUUUCAAGGCUUUCGUUUGUCAAAACGGUGGUAAAGCAGUGGUCUGGGUAUCUCUCUAUCUCUCCUGCAUGUGCUUGUUUUAGAAUAUGGAAUCACAAAUGGCAGGGGCAGGACAGCCAUCCAUCCGCUGCUCGCACUGUUGGAAAAAUCUCAAAAUUGUCCUGUGUUAGGUAAUCCCCAAUCAUAUUAGGUAAGCGAAAACAUGAUGAUUACGGGCAUAAUCGUAGCCGAUCCGACCCGACACAAAAGCCAAACUAGAAGAAAUAUCCCAUGUGGGAUCUUCCAGACUUGCACCAUCAUCAGUUAUCGUGGUUGCAUGAUUUGAGAACAACUUAGCAUUAGAGAAGGCUCGUGAAUUAUAAUGAACACCCGUGUCUUCAUUAAUGUCUCCAAUUAUUUAGACAGGUCCAAUCAGAUAGGCAGUUCAGUUUCAUCACAAAUCUAAAAUUACAAAUACAAGACCUUUUGAAAAUACCUAAUCCUUAGCUUUAACCACAUUGAUGAAAACUGAAUUUGUCUCUCCCCAUCUCUUUUACCACUUUUUGUUGGGUGGGGGUUGUGAAGAGUGAAGUUGAAAAAGAAUGGUGGGAAGCAAAAGGCAAUAAAAGUAGUAUAGUGUAGCUAAGGCAGAGGGUUUUGAAGGGUUGUCUUUACAGAAAACAAUGGCAAAAUUCGCUGUUGGGGUUUCGAAAUUUCGUUUCUGACUUCUUGUAAUCGUUUUUGGUGGGACUGCCUCUUCAACUCCUUCACCUUCAUUGAUGCUGUCCUGUCCUACCUGCUCACACUUCCCUUUUUGUCCGCUCACUAACCUUUAUCUCUUUUUUUUUUUCUCUCUCUCUCUCUCUAAUGCUUUACACAGUUACAGCAUUUUGAGCAAAAAAGGAAAUGGCCCUCCGCUGACAUUGCCCCUAUUUAAUACCACAAAAUUUAGCUAAUCCCAAUUCCCAAAAAUGUUCCAGUGCAAAAAGUAAACGAAGCUUAUUAGCUUUCAGAAUCAAGUUUGACUAAUACAAAAUUAGUUGUGGCUAUGAAAAUUACUGGUUGUGGUAUGGUGGGGAGAGCCCAAGAUGUAUGCUAUAAAUUCUGCCAAGGGAAGCUGUCGGGUUUUAAAAGCGGUCCAUUCAAAAUACUAACUAUUUUUGUACUCUCAAGCACAAAACAGAGGAGAAAAAAACGAAGGACCCGUGAUUUUAACUCCUUUUUCUCUUUAGAUAUGCUUCAACUUAAGCAAAGAAAAAAAAAAGUGUGCAAAGAAGUCUAAGCCAUUUAGGCUUUUAGCAAGUUUCAGCAAUUUGGGACCAUUGGGUGCUUAAUGAAAGCUUUUUUCCACUUAUAAACAUUAAUUAGUAAGAAAUAAUUCGUACAUGGCACAUUCAAUUCACUCGAAUAUGAUUCAAAAGUCUACAUAUCUACUAAUAAAUUUGAAACAACUGCCCUCGAAAAAUCUCUCAACACGCAGGAGUUUAGUUUAUGGACCGGCUUGGCUGUCUAUAUGGCCCACGAGGGUAUUGUACGAGUGUCACGUGUUGAUUGAUUAUAUUGCAUGGCCCAUGAUUUAUGUCUGCUGAUUAUAAGCAGGAGAGGCUCCCAAUACAGAAGCAUAUCAUCCCCCAAACCUCGCAAAUAAAGCCUCAACCACCAUCUCUUUCCUCCAAAUUCCCCACCUUCUACGACGGUCCUGGAAAAACAACUAACAAAUGAAAUGAGAAACUACAGAAUGGCGAAACGACAUUGUUACCCAUUAUCAAUUGCACACUCAAUUUCAAGUCACCAAAACUCUUCACUUCUUGAUUCCCUCUACUGCUUUGAAAAUGAGAUUGAAGAUGGCCAUUCCCAACCAAAGGUCGAAGCUUUCUCGAUUGAUGUUAACAUCAAUUCCCCAAACUCUGUUUUCUUGUCGGACAGAGAUUUUCUCUGGGAAGACGAGGAAUUGGUGUCUCUCUUCUCAAAGGAGAACAGAAAUACGCUUCACAACACUCUCCCACACAAUCCCUCUCUAGCUUCAGCUCGUUCCAAGGCGGUUGAUUGGAUUCUCAAGGUCAAUUCUCAUUACAAUUUCACUGCCCUCACCGCUGUUUUGGCCGUUGAUUACGUCGAUAGGUUUCUCUCCAGCCCCCAUUUUCAGAUUGACAAGCCAUGGAUGACCCAUCUCACCGCCAUUGCUUCUUUAUCUCUCGCUGCUAAAGUGGAGGAAACCCAAGUCCCCCUCCUUUUAGACUUCCAGGUGGAAGAAAAUGAAUACUUUUUCGAAGCCAAGACCAUUACAAGAAUGGAGAUUCUUGUUCUCUCUACGCUUCUUUGGAGAAUGAAUCCGGUGAACCCACUUUCUUUUUUGGACUAUAUUGUAAGACGCCUCGGGUUGAAGGACCAGCUCUGUUCUGAAUUCCUCUGUAGAUGUGAGAGAUUACUUCUCUCUGUCAUUAUAGAUUGUAGAUUCGUAUGUUUUCUUCCAUCAGUAAUAGCAACCGCCAUUAUUUUUCAAGUUAUCAACGACAUAGAACCCCAUGUCGCCGCAAAAUACCACGAUCAGCUUCUGGGUUUUCUUCAAAUCGACAAGGAUAAAAUGGAGGAAUGCUCACGAUUCAUCUUAGAGGCUUCAUCGAGAGGACACAGUAACAAAUGGAAGAAUAAACAAAGAUUUGGUUUAGUCGACAUCUGCUCAAAUGGUCGGAACAUGAAUGUCGACAUUGUCGUGUCCUCGCCGGAGACAGCAACUAAGAAGAGAAAAAUUGAACUGCCUCCGUAAAGGGUCAUAUUAAAUUUGAGGGCAGCCGCAGAAUUUUCGGUAGAAUUAGAUGAGAUGCUUGGGUUCAUUUAAUUAGAGUUAUAGCUACUUUGUACCUUUUUUUUUCUAUGGUACACCAAGGGUGUACUUUCAAUAAUUAAUAUAUAAUUUCUUAUAUCAUCAAGUCAAAUUGUCGCA